AUGGGGGAAGCAGUUUUGGGGUGGGUGCGUCCGAAAUCAGUUACUGAAGUUAGAGGUUUUGUGAUAUUGGCUGGCUAUUAUAGGAGAUUCAUAGAAGGGUUUUCUAAAAUAGUUAUGCCUUUGACACAGCUGACCAGGAAGGAUCAUCCUUUUGUAUGGACGGAGGAGUGCGAGAAGAGUUUUCAAGAGUUAAAGGAAAAGUUGACGUCAUCUCCUGUGUUGAUUCUGCCAGAUCCCAAUAAAUCUUUUGAGGUUUAUUGUGAUGCAUCUCAUCAAGGUUUAGGAUGUGUUCUUAUGCAAGAUAGGCAGGUUGUGGCUUAUGCAUCUAGGCAGUUGUCACUUUAUUUCCUCCUUCAAAUCUUUCAACUAUUUUUCCCUUUUCAACUAGAACUGGGUACACCACAAUUCCCAUAG